AUGCUCCGCCAAUUACCCAUAGUCGCCGGUCGCAGGGUCAGUAUCCAAGAGCCUCCAAUUGCCCAGAGUCGCCGGGUCAGUAUCCAAGAGCCUCCACCAAUUACCCAGAGUCACCGUAUCAGUAACCAAGAUGCUUUAUCUACUGUCCAAACUCACCACAUCAGCAUUCUACCCCCUCCAUCAAUUACUCACAGCCUCCUGGGCAAUAUCAAAACCUCCACACUGGGUUCCUACAAUAGCCCGACUGGUGUCCCAGGUUUCCCACCAGCAACCCAGAGUCUCCGCUUAAGCACUGUGGAGCCCCCGUCACCGACCCAGGCCGAUGUCGAUGUCUUCCCAUCAGUUACGGACAACCUCAAGGCCGGUGUCAAACAUGUGGAUUCAAUUAUCUGGAGCUCCCGGGAGAGUUUUAAAGACUCUGGGCACAACUCCCAACACAUCUCUAGUAAGCCAGUCGGCAAAACCCAGAAGUCUCAGUCAGGCAGCUCCAGCAGGACCAGUUCUGCCUGGUCUCAGAGGUACAGUAGCCGCAGCUAUUCUCUGAUGCCCGUGGGCUUCCGGCUGCUGCUCGAGGCCAAGAAGAUCAGCCGCCUGCUGGGCCUGGUGCUGUGCGUGGCCGGCAUGGUGGUCAUCGGUGUCAUCACUCUGGGCCAGCCCUGGAUCCACUUUCAGGUGCCACUGAGGCCUGCAGGGGACCCUGCUGGUCCCCAGACCAUCCCCAUCACUACCAUAUUCUUUGUGCGGUGCCGCCUGCAUGAGUACGACCAGAAUGCUUACCUGCUGGAUUUUGCCUGGGCCUUCUUCGUCAUCUCCAGCCUCACCAGUCUCUGCCUUUGCAUCGCCCUCAUAAACACCAUCUUCUUUAACAGCUCCAGCUCUCCCAUGAUGGACUUCUCCUUCUUCGUCGCCAGCAUCCUGACAGUGACCAGCAUGAUACUGGGUGUCCUGUUCUACCUGCUUCAGGCCCAGGAGUACCUGCAGGAAGGCAUGACCUACAGGCUGGGGUGCAGCUUCUACCUGGCGUGGACUGGCAUCUUCUUCUUCCUGAUUUCUGGUCUCUUUUCCUAUCUGAAUUACAUGAAUUUCUGGUCCAUCCUGGCACUCCAGGCCAUCUGGACUUAGGGCGCAAGAAUGACCCCAC